UCGGCGAUGUCGUCGUGGCCUUCCUCGGCCCAUUGGCUCGGCCUCGUCGGGACCAUCUGGCUGCAGACCAUCAACGGCCCCAACUCCGACUUCCCCGUCUACUCGUCGCAGCUCAAGGAGCUCAAGGGCAUCUCCCAGGUGCAGCUCAACUUCCUAGCGUUCGCCUCCGACGCUGGCAAGCUCUUCGGCUGGUUCUCCGGCGUGGCCGCGCUCUACGUGCCGCUCCCGCUCGUCGCCUUCGUCGGCGCGUGCUUCGGCCUCGUCGGCUACGGCGUCCAGUACCUCUUGGUGGACAGCCCAGGGCUCAAGUUCUGGCACCUGUUCCUGCUCACCGCCCUCGCCGGGAACGGCAUCUGCUGGAUCAACACCGUCUGCUUCCUGCUCAGCGUCAAGAACUUCGCGUCCAGGAGCCGCGUCGCCGUCAGCCUCGCCACCAGCUACCUCGGCCUCAGCGCCAAGGUGUACACCAGCCUGGCCGAGACCAUGCCCCGCCUGGCCGACUCCAAGGCCAAGACGUACCUCCUCCUCAAUGCCGUGGUGCCGGUGAUCGUCACCGUGUUCGUGGCGCCGGCCCUCAGGCUGUUCGACCUCAAGAGCGACUCCAUGUCGAGCACGGACACGACAUUCCUCGUCAUGUUCGCAAUCACGCUCGCCACCGGGGCGUGCGCCGUGGUCGGCAGCAUCGGCUCCACGGCCAGCUGGUUGUCCUCCAGGCAGCAGAUGGUGAGCCUCAGCGUGCUGCUGGCCGUCCCCAUACUAAUACCGGUGGCGCUCAAGAUGAACAAGAUCGGGGAGGCGAAGCGCGAGAAGGAUGACGCCGUGGUCGUGAUCGAGGUGACGGACUUGGAGACCACCGCCGCCGAGGAGGAGGUCGGAGGCCUCCAGCUGCUCAAGAAGCCGGACUUCUGGCUAUACUUCUUGAGCUAUAUGUUCAGCGGCACCCUGGGCCUGGUGUUCCUCAACAAUCUGGGUCAGAUUGCCGAGUCGCGAGGUCUCGGCCGGACUUCCACUCUGGUCUCCCUGUCGUCUUCCUUCGGCUUCUUCGGUCGCCUCCUCCCGUCCUUCAUGGACUACUACUCUGCAAAAAGCGGCCACAGCAUAUCGAGGACGGGGUCCAUGGCGUCGCUCAUGGCACCCAUGGCGUGCGCCUUCUUCAUGUUGCUCAACCAGGGCAGCGUCUUCCUGUACGCGAGCACUGCCAUCAUCGGGACCUGCACGGGGGCCAUGACGUCGGUGGCGGUGUCCGCGACCAUCGAGCUGUUCGGCGCCAAGAACUUCGCCGUCAACCACAACGUCCUGGUGUCCAACAUCCCUGUCGGCUCGCUCUGCUUCGGCUACUUCUCGGCGCUCCUGUACCAGCGGGAGGCCAGCAAGCGGGGCGCCGCCACCUGCUCCGGCGCCAGCUGCUACCAGGCAACCUUCGCCAUCUGGGGCGCCAGCUGCGUCGUCGGCACGCUGCUCUGCGUCGUCCUCUACGUCCGGUCGCGCAGCAGGUUACUUAGCUACUUCCUAGCUAGGUGCUCGUCAGAAGGCUUGACGACGGCAUUGAUCUGCGACGACGAUAGCAAGCAACAAUGGAUGCCCUACGAUUGUUCUCGCAAUGAUAUCAACGUGCUGCAGCGUUCUCCAGUCUUCGCAAGGCUUCCAGAGGCCACUCCCCACCUGUCAACUUUGAGAUCAAUGGCCACCACUACAACAAGGGAUACUACCUAG